AUGUCAACAUUCAUCCUGGGCCAAGCAAGCGUACACACCUCCAACCCACCUAACCCAACACACGCACACCACAGCAUCCCAGCCCCCGACAGAUCCCUCGUCACCCUCUCCGACGGCAAAUCCCUGCACGUCGAACUCACCGGCCCCGCCUCCUCCGACCUCACCCCCGUCGUAUUCGUACACGGGCUGGGCGGAAGCUCCGCCACCUGGACACCGCUGCUCGACGUGUCCGGGCUCGCGAAGACGCGGCCCGUGCUCACGUUCGAUCUCGAGGGACACGGUCUCAGCCCACUGUACACGACCAACAUCUCGAUCGAGAGCUACACGGAGAACGUCAAGAAUGUGAUGGACGGCGCGGGCGUGCAGCGCGCGGUCAUUGUGGGGCAUUCGAUGGGCGGGCUGAUCGUGACGACGUUCGCGGCCAAAUACCCCGAGCGCACUGAAAAACUGUGUAAGCCCCCCUCCCAUACCCACCUUCCCCGCCCUAACCAACGUCCACCCUUGAAAGUCCUCAUCGGCCCCGUCAAAUCCUUCGCCGAAGCAGGCGUCAAAGCCCUCGGCGCACGCGCCGAAGCCGUGCGCACAGGCGGCAUGUCCGCCGUCGCAGACACCGUAGCCGCUUCGGGCAUCUCCCAAAAAUCGCUCGCCUCGCGUCCCCUGGCUAAGGGCAUGCUGCGCGCGUCGCUGCUCGCGACGCCCGCAUUCGGGUAUGCGCUCGCGUGCCUCGCGCUCACCAAGGCGCUGGACCCGGACUACGCGGCUAUCGGCGUGCCGACGCUGAUUCUGGCGGGCGACGAGGACAGGACGUGUCCCGAGGCGACGGUCAGGUUCUUGGAGGGGGCGAUUGGCGGUGCGAAGGUGGUGACGCUAAGGAAUGUGGGGCAUUGGCAUAUUGUGGAGGAUGUUGAGGGGACGGCGAGGGAGCUGCGUGCGUUUGUUGGUUGA